UAAAAGAGAGAGAACAGACCAUGAGAGGAAAAGGGUAUGAGAAUAUUUAUUUAACAAUGGAUCUCCUUCUUUCCCUCAAUGAAUUCCUCCCUAACAAGCCACACUUCAACUCUUGAACAUACAGAUUACAUACAAAAAUUAGGGCUACACUAUCUACAGUUCAAUCUGUUCAUCUCCCAGAUCUAUACCUCCAGCCCUUGCUCCAGUAGCAUCGCAUUUAGGUACCUGUUGUUUCUGUAGCUGAGGAAUACCAUGUCGAACAAGUUAGGGCCAACGAAAGAAAGGAACUGUAGAACUUAUGAAAUGUUAACUUCCCAACUGACUUCGUACUAGGGAUUGGGGACUGCCCAGUAUGAGUAACAAUAACUCAAAUGUUACGCCGGCAGAAAAAAUUAAAUGCCGAGCCAAUAAAGCAUUUGCGGCUCACAAAUAUGCUCAAGCUAUUGAUUUAUAUACACAAGCUAUUGAACUCAACAAUCAGAAUGCUAUAUAUUGGGCAAAUCGAGCAUUUGCACACAUUAAGCUAGAGGAGUAUGGUAGCGCACUAGAGGAUGCAUCAAAAGCUAUUGAAGUCAAUCCUAGAUAUUCCAAGUAUAUUGUCAUACCAGGGUUAUUACAGGCGUGGUGCUGCUUAUCUUGCCAUGGGGAAGUUUAAAGAAGCACUUAAAGAUUUUCAGCAGCUCAAGAAGAUGUGUCCUAAUGAUCCUGACACCAUCCAGAAGUUGAAGGAAUGUGAGAAAGCAAUUGGGAAGCUUAAUUCUGAAGAAGCUGUUGCAGCUCCAUUGCCGGAAACGGAUUCUGUGGCCAAUUCUAUUGAUGUGCACCGUGUAGGGGUAAGUUCAACAUCGGUGCCAACCCAAAUGGCUAUAGUAGCAGCAGCAGUAGCAACUACAGCAAUUGCAAUUUCAACUCUUAGCACAAAAGUUGCCACAGUGGUAGCUGCAAUAGCAGUGGUGGUGCUGAUAAUCAUGGGCACACGUUGGUGGGGGGGCAGUGGAUGUGUUAUCAAUGCAAAGACUCUAGAUGUUGACCCGCAGUAUUCUGGAGCAAGAAUAGAGGGAGAUAUCAUAACGUUGGAUUUUGUGAAGAAAAUGAUAGAUAAUUUCAAGAACCAGAAACCCUUGCACAGGCGAUAUGUUUUCCAGAUUCUCCAGCAAACAAAAAAAAUAUUGAAAGCUCUUCCUUCGUUAGUUGAUAUAACAAUUCCUGAAGGCAAGCGCCUCACAGUUUGUGGUGAUGUCCAUGGGCAGUUUUAUGAUCUCUUAAAUAUUUUUGAGCUGAAUGGUCUGCCUUCAGAAGAUAAUCCAUAUCUGUUUAAUGGGGACUUCGUGGAUAGGGGAUCGUUUUCUUUGGAGGUCAUUCUGACCUUGUUUGCAGUUAAAUGCAUGUCUCCAUCAGCUAUACAUCUCUCUAGAGGAAAUCAUGAAAGUAAGACUAUGAACAAAAUGUAUGGUUUUGAAGGCGAGGUUAAGACAAAGCUGAAUGGAACAUUUGUAGAACUGUUUGCAGAAGUAUUCUGUUGUUUGCCUUUGGCUUAUGUAUUGAAUGAGAAGGUUUUUGUCGUUCAUGGAGGCCUUUUCAGCGUUGAUGGGGUAAAACUCUCUGACAUUAGAAUGAUAAACCGUUUUUGUGAACCUCCAGAAAAAGGAUUAAUGAGCGAUAUGCUAUGGAGUGAUCCUCAGCCUUAUCCUGGAAGAGGCCCUAGUAAACGUGGUGUGGGUCUUUCCUUUGGUGCAGACGUAACAAAAAGAUUUUUGGAGGACAAUAAAUUAGACUUACUCGUUCGAUCUCACGAGGUGAAGGAUGAAGGGUAUGAAAUUGCGCAUGAUGGUAAACUCAUCACCAUAUUUUCUGCUCCAAAUUACUGUGAUCAAAUGGGUAAUAAAGGUGCUUUUAUUCGUUUUGAAACACCCGAUAUGAAGCCAAACAUUGUUACAUUCUCUGCCGUGCCACAUCCGGACGUGAAGCCUAUGGCUUAUGCAAACUUCUUCCAGUUCUUUCAAUAACUAACAUUAACUGCUUUUACACCAAAAGUUUACGUUAUACAGGAAUCACUUAAGAAGCUGGUGCCAAAAUGGCAAAUGCAGUAACAAUCUCUGUUCAUUCUUUAACAUACAAUAGUCAUUAAUUAUUUUGCCACUGACUUGUGUAGUUAUUACUAGGAAGUGGGAAAUUUCCUUAAUUUUCUGGCCAAGCGUGGUCUUUCUUCUCUUUCUUUCUUCUCUUUCUUUCUUGUCACUUUUUACCUUUUUUUGGGGGAAGGGUAUUAUAGCGGUCAGCACUUGAUUUGAAUAUCACACAUUUCCUGUGUUGUACUGUAUUAUAUUUUAUUGCUGAUAGUAAUUUAGAAUAAGUUGCAACUGUAAUGUUGAGACUUCUCCACCUUUAGCCUUCUGGGAUCUGGAUCUAGCAAAUUUGUUGAUGAACAAGAUAUUUUUAGAUCUCGUACUCAAGAGCUCCAGAAUUAUAUUGCUAUCCAUGGAUUGAAUUAA